UAGUUUGGUUCUAUAUUUCGAAGUUGUUCGUACUACCUUGGCGUAGACUAGUUUGUCUUUGCAAAGUACUGAAGGAGGAGUUUUAAAGCGAGUGUGGGAUAAUGAAAAUCAGAUGCUUUCUUGUUCUCCCCGAUCAAAAAGUGCAGUUUGUGUUUGGGCAGGACGACAACAUAAGCUGCGCAAUUUUUAAGAAAAGCUACCGGGUUCCUUCUCAACGCCUAAAAGCCUAAAAUCUCAAAUGUCUCAGAUGGUUUUCGCAAGAAAGUUGUGAAAUGUGGGGUGUGAGAACCAGAGGUCCGCUGUCACUAUCAACAGCCAUGGCGUCACAGGCCAGCUAUGGCAGCAGUAUGCUGUUCCAGUCUAUGAAUGAAGAACUGAAUGCAUCACUGGCCACUGCUGAUGAAUUGUCUCGUGAAUUUGAUUCCCUGCUGAAGGAGGUUUCCCCCAACACAAACACUCCACAGCAGCUGCCCAGUGAGCCCAGCAUGAGGAUCAACGUGAUCAGCAGCAGCCCCACGCCUCCCUCGUUUGAGCAGGAGGGGUCAGGAGGGAGCAGCAGCAGCACGGCCAGCUCCUUGGCAUACGCGCCCAACAUCAGCACCUACAGACCCGGGCCAGGGUCCGGAGACUCCAUUAGCUCAAACAGGUUGACCCCGACGGAUCUGGCACCGGCUCGGCGGAGUCAGCUGAGCCCCAACCAAUCUCCCAGUACUCGGAGACGUGGUCGGAGUCCGUCGCCCUCCAACUAUGCCUAUGGUCAGCUAAGCUCUCCAAAUCAGUCACCCCGCACUCAUAGGCGUAACAACUCUCGUGGGACUCUCAGUUACAGCCCUGUUUCAAAUCCUGGAACUCCAACAUUUGAUCCAUCUUCCGGUAUGAUUCGACUCUCCACCCCCACUAUGGACCCCUUUCAUUCGGGUCGUCAAUCGCCACGCAGAAGCGCCUCCCCUCAGCCCUUCAUCCAAUCAGCUGCUAACACCCUGCCACGGAACUUUAUGCCAUUCAAACAAACAGAGGAGUCUCACAGACCGAAACUGCAUACCAACUGGAAUGAAUCAGACCUAGAUGUUUCAUAUGAGAAAAAACCUCAUCACACUUAUGAUAAGACUGAGUGGUUGAGGCCAUCUUUACCCAACCGCAACUGGGCAGAGUCCAACCUGGAUGGCCCUCCUCCUGCUUCCAGAAAGGUGCCAUCACAUCACGGCUCUUUGCCAAGAAACACACACAUAUCCGUCUCCCCUGACCAGCCAAUUAUAUCACGCAUCUCCAUUCCACCCACCGCACCAAAAGCGCGGCAGCAUCAGCCAAUCCCUCUGUCCGUCAUCAUGAGGCUCCAAAACCCUCAUGCUACUGCCGUGACCCAUUACCCAAGAUACCCAGGGCCUGAGAUGGACCCAGCCUUCUUCGUCCAGCACUUCCCCACCAGAGACUUCCAGCCGCAGUACUCCACCCUGGAACGCCAGCAGCGAAACUACUAUGGAGAAGAGUUGAGACCAUUUGAGGUGGACUCUGAAGUGGAAGGUCUGGACCCGGCGAUGGGAGCCUCUCAUUUCAUGCAGGAGGGUCCGGUUCAUUUCACUGGACAGGGUCCGGAGACCGCUGGGAUGAGCGAGCAAAAGCCUAAGGUGGUCCCGCCCCCUCGGCCCCUCAGUCCCACGCGCCUGCAGCCUGUGCUGGCGCCACAGAGCCAGCCCGUGCCCAACCUGGAGGAGGUGCUGCGCAUCCGCUCGGAGAUCCCCAGAGCGCUGAAGCGCCGUGGCUCAGUGGAGCAGUCCCAGCCUCUGAGGAAGAGCCUCGUCAUUCAGCCCAACCAGUACAAGCAGAUGAUCAACAAGCUGUUCCACCGGAAGGGCCUACGUGUCAAGGGAGAAACAGGCAGCGACUACAGCAGCUCCUCAGAUGGAGAGGAAGGCUCACCAUCUCCCACAGCAAGCACUUCCCCUCUCACAAACAUAACCGGCACCAAUGAGCACAAGGGUCUGAACUCCAUCUUGAGGCGGAGGAGCCAGAAGAGCUCCGGCCGUCACGCUCGCCUCAGCCCCCUGGUGCUGCUGCUGGACGGAGCUCUGGUGGGGGAGCUGGACACUGUGCAGAGAGCAGUGCAGGAGAUGAGUAACCCCAGUCAGUCAAAUGAUGAGGGCAUCACCGCUCUACACAAUGCCAUCUGUGGAGGCCAUUACUCAGUAGUUGACUUCCUGGUACGGAUUGGAGCUAAUGUUAGUGCACCUGACAGCCAUGGCUGGACCCCGCUGCACUGUGCGGCCUCCUGCAAUGAUAAGACCCUGUGUGAGUACCUGGUGCGGAGUGGAGCGGCGGUGAUGGCGGUGACGGAGAGUGAUUGGGCGACUGCUGCUCAGAAAUGUGACCCCUACGCUCCUGGCUAUGAGGAGUGUGAGAACUUCCUCAGGGGCGUGGAAGACGCUAUGGGUGUGGAGAACAGCGGCGUGCUCUAUGCCCUGUGGGGCUACUCAUCCCAGGCCCCCGACGAGCUGAGCUUCAGAGAGGGAGACAUGGUGACCAUCCUCCAGAAGCCCGAGGGGGUGGACUGGUGGUGGGCGUCCCUCUGUGGCAGGGAGGGCUUUGUGCCCAACAACUAUUUUGGGCUUUUCCCAAAGGUCCGGCCUAAGAGUCUGUGCUAGAUUACAACGCUCCCUUCACUUCUUGGACUGUGUGGUUUUAUGGACAAGCCACUUUUACUGAAAUGACCCAUACAUUAACUUGAAUGGAAAUUAAUAUUAACAAAUAGAAACGUCCAAUGACCGUAGUUAUAUGUAAGUGGUAUUCCAUCCAUUUUAUACAUUUUAGUUGUUUAGAUUUUUCCAUCAUGCUUUCCUUGCCAUGCGAAAAUCAUUUACCUCUUGAGGACUUAAUCUUGUAAUCUGUUUUUACUAGCAAUUGUGUUGUUAUAAAGAAUUGUCAUGGUUGAAA